AUGAAAGAGUCUAUCGAAGGAGUAAUCCAUUUAGAAAUGAUAAACGAGCAGUGUUUGAACGAUAUAUUGGAGUUUAUCUACACAAGCCAUGUUCAAAUAUCGGUAGCAGAAGAAAAAUAUGCCCGAGACUUGAUCGCCAUGUCAGACUACUUGGUUUUACCACGUCUGAAGGCUGUUGCUGGAAAACAUUUAGUGAAGGACUUAAAGAUAUCAAAUUCUGUUUCACUUUAUCAGUUUGGCGUGAAAUAUCAAUGUGACGAGCUCAUUUUUGAGACCAGAAACUUCAUUCAUGCCAAUUUCAUGCACGUGGCCCAAACGGAGGAGUUUUUGAGUUUGCCGUGUGAUGAAAUCAAAAUGUGGAUUUCAAGUGACGACAUAGUUGUAACUGCCGAAGAAGAUGUAUUCAAGAUCAUUUUUAAAUGGGUGGAUUGUAAUAAACUGGACCGGAAGCAAUAUUUCCCCAUAUUAUUCUGUGAAGUUCGACUUGUAUAUAUAUCACGUGACUUUUUGUACCGUGACAUCAUGACAAGUGAGUUUUUGAUUGGUGAUAAAUACAGCAUGGGGCUUGUGAAGGAUGCUUUGAAGAUCAUUGAAUCAAAAGACUUUCAGCAGCACAGUAUUCGUCCUAGAAAGUCACUAGAGAUGCCUGUCAUGGUGAUAUGUGUACAAGGUUUCAGUAGACAGGAAGACAACAUGCUUUGUUGUUAUAAUCCACUUGAAGACACAUGGUCUAAGUUUAAUGGGACAGUUCCACCCAAUAUUGCAGAUGUUAUAUCCUGUCAUGGAAAACUUUAUUUUCACUUAUAUCCUGAUGAGGACAUAGGAAUCAGAGAGAGAAGGCUGUUGUGUUAUGAUCCAUUAUCAAAUUGUUGGGCUUCAUUGCCAUAUGAGGAUUACAGGACAGUGCACAACAUAUUUGCAAGAGGUGAUGAAGCAAUUUAUGCCUUUGUAGCUGAAGAUCUUCUAUGUUGCCCUGACUGUACAUCCCGGUACCAAAGCAAAAUUCCUGGACCCUGUAGUAAGACCCCACAUCUUUCUUUCUUGAGAAAGUACAAACCAGAAACCAAUUCCUGGGAAGACAUAACAUCAUUUGAUUUCGACUGCAAUUCAAGAUCUGGAGUUUGUGUUGUGGCCAAGGACAAUUUUGUGUAUUUCAUUGGUGGUGGUUAUUGCAGCCCAGAUCGAAGUGAGGAACUUGCAAGUGCCGAUAGGUAUGAUGUCAUUAAAGACACAUGGGAGAAACUAGCAAACCUUCAGUAUCCAAGAUGGUAUGCUCGUGCCACUGCUACACACAGAAACAUUUUUGUGGUUGGUGGAGUAACUCAUGAUUUAGCCGAGAGUUGUGAAGUGUAUGAUGAAGAAACAAAUGAAUGGCAUUUUGUAGCAAGGUUGAGGAAGACACCAUUUGAUCAUUACAAUCCAACUUUGCUGGGUGUUGAUAACAAGCUGUAUUGUUUAAUCCGACUUAUUUGUGCAUGGAAUCGAAAAGACAAAAUUGAUAGCUAUGACUUUGAGAAAAAUGAAUGGAAAGAGAAAACUCAAAUACCAUUUGACGAACUGUUACCGAGGGGGUUGAAAAAUGAAUCUUACUUACAGAUUACUUCAUGCUGUUCAAUGAGAAUUUUCAAAAAAUGCAACUUUCUUCAACAUGCCUCAUUUCAUGACAUUAAAGCUGGGAAAAAUAAAUGUGCUAUCACGUGACCUAACAACAUGAAUACUAUCAGUGUUUUGUCAGGAUCUAAAAUUGUAGUUUGGUGUUUUUCAACAAUUUGUCAUUUGUAAUGAUUUGCACUUAUAGCCUAAGAACAGGCUCUCUGUUUGGGGAAAAAAAUAGCAAGGAAAGGGAAGGAAAAGGGGGGGAGAGAGCCUGUAGACAAACAUUUAAGGCCGUUAUUCUGCCCUCUUGUAAUUAUCUUGCUGAACAUCUGUCGGUAAGAUUGUUAUCUGUCAAUCAAUUUCGCGCGCGAGUAACUCCUGGGAAAAUUAACGGGAAAUGAGCCCUGUUUUGCUCUGUCUCAAAACAAAGUGAAAUAGACCGCGAGCCUAAUUGUUGAUUUUGAAAAAAAAUUGUUGAUCUCCUGUAAAAGAAUUAGUACGGUGCUGGUCUUUGGAGUUUCAAGAAAUAAGACCUUGCUGGUUGACAGUAGCCAAGACAGCGUUGUACUAGCAAAAGCAUUUGAAUCCUCAAGAUUUCCUCUGAGCAAGGAGAGAGCUUUUCCGAUUUAAGCUGCUUAACUUGUGCGCGACGGGUCGUUCGUCUUGCUAGUUCAGUUUCUAAUUUAACAAGCCCCAGCAAUGAGCGAACUUGGAAUGCGAAAAGUACAGAUGCUAUCAUGACUUCUCGAGAACAUGAACCUCCAAAGACAAGUACAAAGAGAUCAGCAGCGCUACGAUUGCAGACAGGAAUUACACCUUUGGGUAUUUAUCCUGAAUUUAUAGCAAUAAAAGGGGGCGGUAAGCCUACACGACGUUUAUCUCACGCCAAAAUGCUGCUUGUUCCCAUAAGGUUUUUCCUCUGCCAGGUACAUUAUGCUCUGGAAGGUUCUACAUUUUCACUGAGCAAAUGUGAAUUUAGCCGCUUGUUUCACACACUGAGAGGUCAUGGCAUACGUAUCGAUUUACUGUGGUUUUUGUCUCUGGUCAGCAGGAUGUGCCCUCUGAUGCAAGAGCAUUUCCUUUAACCUCUUUUGAAGCGUAAAGCUUUUUAUUGCGGCUGAAUAAGGCUCUUACUUUUCUCCAAAGUGCCUUCUCGAUCUGAAUAACUAAUCGAUUUUCUUUAGUCCGUGAAUGUAAUGUUUUUCUGAAAUGUUUUAUCAUGCUGGGCCCAGCUCGUUAGUUUUCUUUGCAGAAUGUUUAAAAAUUAUCACGGAUAGUAAUUUACAGAUCCAAAGUUGUAAGAUUCAAGUGCAGCUUAAACCGAAGCUACAUCAACUAUGGAGAAUUGCAUUGUGACUCGGUAAACUCCAGCCUAGGAAAGAUAGUGUGAGUCUUUUGACUGGAGAGCGUAGUUCCUCCCUUGGCAAUUGCUUUGGAGUGUUUUGUUAUUUCCACUUUGUGAUCAAAAGGGGUGCUACAUGCCGACCGAAAAGCCGAUGUCAAUCAGACCUGUCAACAGUCAGUGCUCUUGCCAAUAAGAACUUGCAUCAGGAUCUGAUGCACAGUGGGUGCCGUGGAACGACGGUCCCAAAUGUUUGUCUACAGGCCUUUUCGCUUCUCCCUCUCCCUAGUUCUCUGCCCGACCAAAGGCCUGUUCACAGGCUAUGCACUUAAAGCCCUCAAAACAGUGACGUUCUGGUUCUUAGAAGCUGCAAUUUUUUUAACCCUGGAUUAAUCACGGUGAAAAUAAUAUUAAUUAUUUUCCAUUCCUCAUUGAAACAGUACAAUUUUGUAAAUAUAUAAUUUCUUUUAAAAAAAUGUGUUUUUGAGUGCAUAUUAAAUUUUCUGUAACAGUGUGUAAAAAUAGUUUUCCUGAACUAUUUAAACUAAACCAUAGAAAUCAGAACGUGUACUUGUAAGAACUAGUGGUGUAGUUACAUACAGUUGUGUAUGGAGAUAGCUGGGCAUUGUUGAGCUGUGCCGCAAGGCUGUGAAAUUCCCUUCUGGCCGCCAUUAAAAGUGCGCUAGUGUUAAAAGCUUCAAGUAGAAUCUUAAUACCUGUCUUUUACAGUCAUUAUUUUUUUCUCUUAUUUUCAUGGCUGUGUUUUAUUGUUACUCGAUUACUAUAGUAUUUAAUUUUUUUGCAUUGAAUGAAAGGAGAAUGGGUGCUAUUCAAAUUGUUGUUUUUCUCCUGAAUUUACACUUUAGUUUCCCCAGGUGUUGAUCUGGAUGCCAUAUAAGCUUAGAUCUCAUGAGAAUUUUUCUCAGCUGUGAACUGUGCCCCAUUUGGUUGCUGCAGCUAAAACAUUGGCAAGUUUGUGUUUACUGGAGAAGUUCGAUUAUGUGUUUUUUUCUUUUCUGUUUUUUGUUGUUGUUGUUGUUCACUAUAAUUUUAGUCUUUUUUACAGGAAAAUCUCCGUUCUAAGAUAUUAUGUACCAGUUACCUAAUUACCGAGAACGUGGAAACGUCUUACAUUUUUUAACUUUAUAAAAAAAUUUCCUAAAAUGUUUUUAAGAAAAUUUUUUUCGCAAUUUUUUAUAGCUAAAAAUCAAAAGCUAUUUACAGCAUUCAAAUUGUAAUCGCUUUGGUUCCUCAUCAUUUUUUAAUGAAGUUGAAUCAUGGAGAAAUGUUACCUUGUCAUCUUCUCAGAAAUUCCAAGUCUGUGUUGAAAAAGUAUUUUUGUAAACAGGUCAGAUCGAUAUAAACUAGGAUAGUAGUUGAGUUGUGCUAAGACAGUUGGUGAUUGUGAGUAUACUUCCAUGAAAAUAGCGCCAGUACCAGUCAGUGGUACUAGGACUGUUUUUUAUGUAACAAAUAAUUACUGAUUUUGCGUGUGGACGUACAUUUCAUAUUUUAUUGAUUUAAUAUUAGAUUAUUUUAUUGACUAUAAGAUCAGUAAUUGUAGUUAGGUGUCCCCAGUUAGGGUACAUGGUAUGCGACCUUAACGCUGUAAUAAAGUUCUGACUUAGUUGUGCUCGCUCUCCGUUUUUCGUAGGGUGUUUGCCCAACUAAGGAUGCCCUAGGGGUUUUUCAUCCUUAGCAAGUUCAGAGUUUCUAACUCUCAGCAGCAACAGUAUGCCCACCAAACUGAGUCAAGGAUCCCAACCCCUGGAAGACCCGGGUCAGACGGCCGUUCUUCGUAUUAACCGAGCCUAAUGAAUACUAAUGACUGGAACAAAAGACCAUACUUUUUCCCCUAGCAAAAUCUACUGUUCUCAUUGGUGUUAGGUUCAGCCAACAUGAAGUACGGCGUUUGACCUGUGCCUUUAAUAGUGUGUGUAUCUCCAAACCCUUUGGUGGUGUUAAAUUGCACUAGUUACAUUGCGAAUUCGCAUUCGCAUUUUCUUUUAGCCAGGAGAAAGAACUCAGGGAGACGCAAAACCCCUCUUCACCCCAAGCCGCAGCGCUCCCACUUGGUUAAAAGGAUAUGGAAUCUACUGCCGUGUAGGCUGGGCGCUAUCAUGACCAGUAACAAUAUCAGUAGGCAGAAAACUCGCUCACCUCACCUAUCCGCUUCGUGCCUCGUGGAACAAAAGGCCUUCAAAGAAUCCCUCUAUUUAUCUCGGUUUGCCGCAACGGUCUUCACUUCCUCCCACGAUUGCCAUCCUGCUUCUGCUCUUUCCUUUUCAACCGUUCAUCUGCAGGUGGUUUUUGGAGCGAGAAAUAAAUAACAACGGGAGACUAAUUUCGUUGAAAGAAAAACAUGAAAAUUAUAUAGCGGCGGUUAGAAAAUGAGAAAUGCUAGCGCCUACCGAUGUGAAAAUGAGAGGCAGUAAAAAAAACAGAGUGAACAGGAACACAAACAUUUCCUCCAUAAAACGCCUAAGUAGGAAGGUAAAGAAGUUUCACAUUUUGGUUGUGCAAAACAACGGCAAGGAAAUGUACCAAAAAGUGUGCUGCACGUGCAAAGUUGGUUUUUUUUUUGCUAAUUAGAAAAAAUAAUGUGCUGCACGUGCAAAUUUUUUUCUUUUUUUGCUAAUUAGAUCUAUUUUUGUUGUUUUUUACCGUUCUCGUUUCUUUCAACUUGUCUUAAGUAUUACUCGAUUUUAUAUUUUCUUUGUGGAGUCUAUAGAUAUUAAAAGGAGCUUCGCUUUUAGCCCUGCCUAAUUCUAUAUAUCACCUAAUUCUAUAUAUUAAGGGUACUGCAAGAGAGACCGUUUCAGAUUUUAGAUUUCCAGAGGUUUACAUCUUUCUGAACUUCAUUAACCCUUUAAGUCCCAACGGUGACCAACAUCAAUUUUCUCCCAGCAAUAUCCAUACAUUGUGUAGAGAUAAGGUUGUGAGAAUUAAUAAAAUGAUUAUCUAAGAGAAAGUGCCUUGAUCUUUUCUCAAAUUCUCGCAACACAUUUUUUAAUAAAAUGUAUAGAGAUGAGUUUGGAGAAUUUGUAUGUGUAUAUUGGGGCUUAAAGGGUUAAAGCAUUCCUUAGGGCCAUUUAUACAUUUGUACGAGGAAAAAUAAGACGCGUCUUACAUAAAAAGCGUUAAGUAAGACGCGAACUGGACCAUUUAUACGAGCAUGUCUUAUCUAAGUCUUCCGUAUACUUAAGCUUACUUUUAAAGUGUAAGUUUAUAAUACGAAGAUAGCAAUUUGAUUAGCAAAUAUAAAUUGUGAUAGUUUAAAGUUAAAAGGGUCUACUUACACCAGCAGAUGUCACGCAUUUGUCCAGGAGGUCAGUUAUCGCCUUCUCCUUACAUAAUAACAAAAAAUCUUUUUCCUUCGCGAUGCAUGGACCAAAUGUUUCUUUUUUACCUUUAACGGCGUGCUCAUUUUAUUUGAGCGAAGAAAAAAAUAAAGCAGAAUGGACAAGGAAACGAAAACGCGUUGUAAUUUGUAAACAAUUUUCUCCCGCCAGUGGCCUGCCAGUCCACCACGGGGCAAGCGAUAAUUUUCCCGCCAAAAAUUAACGCAUGCGUACUAUGCGUUUCUAUGCGUUCGCUUUUUAUGUGAGACCAUUCUCGUCCCCAGAGCCCGUCGUUUCUUGGUCACGUGGGGCUACAAAUGAAGUCGAGUGGCUCUGGGAACGAGAAUACGAAGUUUUUCUCGCCUUAGCUAAUGCAUCAGUCAAUUCCACCUGCGCCCAGCCCCCCCCCCCGGGCAACUACGGGGCAUUUGCCCGCCUUGUCAGUCCCGGGAGUGGGGCAUUUGCAAAUGUUGCACUGCCCGGGGGCCGGGCAUUUGCCAACCCCCGGGCCAAUCCCGAGCUUUUGAUACGCACGCGGUUUCCUAUCAGAAUAUAAGGUUUUACUAGAAGAAAAGCAGAUUGGCUCAUUUUUUAAGGACAGAAAUAAAUUGUAGAGGGUUGUAAAGGCAUGUUCUCGAUUUUAAAUGUAUGUAUGCAUUUCUUCAUUGCUUAUCAAGCCAGAAUUACGUAGCGAAAUUGGAGCUUUCGAUGUGAAUCAACGUUUUUUGGUUAUUGAAUCAAAUUUCUGUUGAUAUUAUUUGAAGAACAUCCUUUCAUAUUUAUAAAACUAUUCAUAACAUAUAACUUUACAGCGCUCUAUUAAUUUUAAUGUCAAUAAUUUUUUACCAAUACUAAAACCAUAUUAAAACUGGUGCAUGUCGUCGCGGCGUGAAGUCCUAAUUAGAAUCCUCGCGCUAUUACAAAGGAAGACGUUAAUUAAACCAAAAAAAUCGCACAUUAAAAUGCUUAAAACGGCACUAUUUGACUGUGCGAUCAAUGAAAAAUGUUGCAGUGUUGACGGAGGACGGGGCAUUUGCCCUCUUUUUUCGUCCCCACCCGGGGGAAUUUGACAGCUCAAGAGUCCCCACCCCCGGGAAUUUGCCAUCCAAGGCAAAAAAAAUGCUAAUGCCCGGGGGUCAGCCCGGGGGGGGCCUGGGCGCAGGUGGAAUUGACUGAUGCAUAAUACGCGUCUUAUCUAAGAAAAGGUGUUAAGGGCUGUUCUAAAAUAAGACGCGCCUUAGCUAAGUCGUGUCUUAUUUUAGACGAAAUGUGCCGUUCAUACGGAAAGUUCGCGUCUUAUGUAAGACGCGUCUUAUUUUGCCACACGAAAAGAGUGUUUAAUGUUCAAAGGAGUUUAGUUCCCAGCAAAAGGGAAUGCUAUUGAUCUUGUCCAGCAGCAUGACCGCCUUGGGGGUGACUCCACUCGGUGGAAUGGUGGAAUCCACGGAAUACUCUAACGUUCUUCGAGUUAGUAUGACGUUUGAGUCAGUAUACAUGUAUAUCCUUUUUAAAAGAUUUUCCUCUUAUUCUGGGUUUUAAAAUAUUCCGUAUCUUCCGUGUUUUGUUUGAGAAUAUUUUGUGCAUUCCUUGUCUCUGCUUUUAUGUCAGUCCAGUUCAAAUCAAGUACAGAAUGUUCUGUAAAUUCCGUGUUUUAGUACUUCCGUAUAUUCCAUAUUUAAGAAUAUUCCGUGAAUUCCGUCAUUCCGUUCCGUCGUUCCGUUAGUCCACCGUUCCUCCAAAUAGGGUCACCCCAACGAGAGGUUCUCUAGUAUCUUUUCAUUUAUCCACUUUAAAUAACAAUGAUUUAACUGAUUAUAAAGGGUAUAUGGGCUCUCGAAGUAAGCAAGUGUACUUCCUGAUCAUGUAUUACCUUAAUGUAUUACCUGCGUUACAGCGGACUUCCUCUUACCGAGUUCCUCCCGGUCAAGUCAGAACGCCUUGGACAAGUCGAGUGGUCCACGAGAAACACUUCAGUAUAGUACCGGUAUUUUCUUCAAUAUUUCGAUGGAAACUUCAUUACAAGCCACAGCAGGUGGUAUUCCAAACACCAAACAAGUUUUCCUUCCACAAGAAACGCUUGAUCAUCCAUUUGACGUUACUCUUGUUAUUCAAAAUGGGAAAGAAUUCAAAGCUCACAGACGUGUUCUUUCAGAAGCAAGCCCUUUCUUCGAAAGGCUGCUUAAAAGUGACAUGAAAGACGCUAUCGAAGGAAUAAUCCACCUUGAAAUGAUACACGAGGGGUGUUUGAGCGACAUAUUGGAGUUUAUCUACACAGGCCGUGUUCAAAUACCAGGGGGAGAAAAUUGUACCCGAGACUUGAUCGCCAUUUCAGACUACUUGGUUCUUCCACACCUGAAAACCAUCGCUGAGAAAGUUUUGGUGGACAAGCUUAAUGUUCUAACUCUGUUUCAGCUUAUUAUUUUGCUGACAGUUAUCAAUGCGAAGACCUUUUUUCCAUCUCCAUGA